AGCAACUGAUAGUCAGCCGAAGCCAAAAGAAUGUUUGUGGAGUUGAAUUCCCUGAUAAACGUCAGUGAAAAAGAUCCCCCCAAGGUAUAUUUACGUUCAUAAAGUUCAUUUUUAUCCCUUUCAAACCGCGAUCAUAUGUAGAACAAUGCUAAGCUACCGAAUAUUUGGCCACAAAUGUUUUAUGCAUGUGCUCCUUAGCUCCUGGCCGAAGGAAGGGUAGGGGAGGGGAACUCCUUUGUGAAAGAGACAGUUAUGUCCAUCGUCUUGCUUAGGGGUGCAAAAUGCAGUCUUUGGUCUCAGUGAAAUCAACUGUACCUUUAAUUCAUGCUGGAGUUCCUCCCACCCCAUGCUCAGCAAGCAAGAUGCUCUAUGUUUGAUGCCAUCAAGUUAGUAUUUGCAGCUAUUUCCAGAGCAAAAGCAAACUAAGUGACCUGCUGUCACAUUUUGUACCUACAUGAUGGCAGGUACAAAAUGCAAAUCACAGGUCACAGGUCAAAAGUUUAGGUUAUCUGAGUAUAUUGAUGGCUAGAACAGUGACCUGCACUUGCGACCUGUGUUUUGUACUUGCCACUUUCAUGAUAUGGAUUGGCCACUGAGAUGUCGCCCCAUGUAAGUACUCCCCAUAAUGAUUACAAGUAGGGACUGAAAAAGAAGAUGGGGGCUUUUUGGUACCCCAGACUUUGGAUAAAUUAGACGGAAUGAAGUAGCAGCAUGGGUGAGGCUUAUUAUAUGCGCUGCCAGGCAACUAGCCUCCCACGCAGGCGUUUUUAGGGGAGCUCAUAUUUCGUCCCUCCCCACAAACGCCUGCUCAACAGAGGACAACAUUCCUUUCCCAUUGCCACAUUCGUGUGGUAAGUGACCAAUCAACGAUUUUUAAAUUAAGUGUUGACAGGCUAAACAUGACUCGUAAGCUCGAGAUAGUGAAAAAACGUGACCCAGAACGUGACCCUAGAGUUACCUUUUCCUUCCUUUCUUUCCUUCGCUAAGGUUAUGCAGUGCACGGAGAAUAUAUUCUAAAAUCUGACUGAGUAAAUCUUACUUUUGCCGCUCUGAGACUAACGUUUAUUAGAGGUCGUGAAGGUUUCUCAAAGUUUCACGCAGGUCACGUAAUUAUCAGGCUACUCUGCGGUCAAGGUCAACUUUCCAGAAUUUGGAAAGUACAACGUGAUUGGCUAAGGGUGGGAAAGGAAUGUUGUCUUCUGUUGAGCAGGCAUUUGUGGGGAGGGAAGAAAUACGAGCUCCCCUAAAAACGCCUGCGUGGGAGGCUACCAGGCAACUGGCCAACACCAAUGCAAUACGUACACCACUGUAAAGGCAACCUGAAAUUCCACCACCCCAAAGGGUACCACAUGUAGCACAAAUGUCAACAAAUGUAAUAUAAAUGUUGUAGUUAGUUUUUAAAUUUUACUUUUUUUUUUUUUUUAUAUUGUUUUUGGGUAUGGAAUGUAUGCUAAUGAAUUUUAAAACAUUGAAGGAAAAACAAAAAUUAACUGAAAUAAAAAAAUUAACUAAAACAUAAACAUUCACUUUUCUAGGAAUAGCUGUCAAUGUCAUUUUUCUUUUCACAGAGGAAAUUUAUACUACUGUCAGACUCACAGAAUGAUGGAAGCUUCAUUAUCCAUCACUUUUUAGCACUCUACAUCAAAGGUAAAGAUGAUUUGAGCAUAGCUCAGACUUAUCUCAUAAGACAUCCUCAUAAAGAGUUGUUAGUGACCAAGAUCCUAUGAUUUAACCCUUAUAAGGUUGCUGUUGCUUAUUUUUCAUCAUUAUGUUGAGUGGCAUGGUCUGAGAUAAAUUAGUUAUGCGAUGCUAGCGCUUUCUCGUGGUUUACUAUCAAUAUCUCACUCAUGACUUGAUUUUUCUUUUCAUACACACAAGUCAUCUGUUUUUCAGGUGGUUUUAGAGUAUUUUUUGUUGCAUUGGUCCAGUCCUUCUCUCAUUACAACAACGUUGCACAGAAAUUAGUAAGUACUAAAUUUAAUGCAAUGGAAGGCUCUCUUAAUAAACACUACUUGGUCAUAAUUUUAAAUUACCUGUACAUUUGUACAAAAAUGUUCCAUUUAGGUAUUAAGGUCAGAGAGGCCUAAACAGUAAACUAUCUCAAGAUUGCUACUGUUUCUUUCAGUGAACAAUGGCAAACAAUAGUAGUGCAUGUAACUCAUCAAUUUUAUUUUUAUACAUUGUACUCACUAUCUAUCCUCUCAUUGGAGCCUACAGUUAAUUUUGGAAAUCAGUGCAACCUACAGAUUAGUUCUCCAAAAGUUAACUGCUAGCAGAUAACUGACUAAUCUGUAGGUUGUGCACACAAUGCAUGAUUUUCAAGGGCAAUGUCAAAUUGGUUCUGUGCAACAGUGUAUUUGCCGUUAUCUAAUAAUUUCAAGUGAUUUAUAAUAAAACAAUUUAGAUUCGGGUUUGGUGAUAAAGGGAAUAAUCAAAGUCUUGGUAAGUGUUUUCAGCCUCAGCCUUCAGCUGAUAACACUUAACCUUGACCUUGAUUAUUCUGGAUAUCUCAAAAACCUCAUCCAAGAACUGUAUAUUAUUUUUUUUAGUCAAAGCUCACAAGAACAAACAAUAGUAGUCAAGUCGUUGAAUUCUGUCUACAUGUGUUGUGUUGCUUCAAGGGGAUUUUCCUGUUUUCUUCCAAGGGUGUUAAUCUCAGAAGUGCAUGCGAGAAUGGUAAAGUGACAUAUAUAGAUGGCGUGAAGCUUUUAGCUAAGGCUUUGGCAGAUGGAGAUGAAGAAGAUUCCUUAGAGCAAAGUACAGCAGACUCAUGUUCUGGUGACAACAACCCAUUUGCAAAUCUCAGGUACAUUGUAAACCUGUAAAAGAUAAUAGGGAGUUUAAGUAGUGAUGUUUUUGAGCGACGUACGUCAACCGGAAGUGAGCCUUUUUCUCUUUUAACAUGUCUUGAUACUACCAAAUUUGUAUUGCUACAUGUAAGUGUCUUUGUUCUUAUAGAGACGAUUUGCUCAAAAAUUUAUUCAUAAUCAUGGCUCAACAGUGCGAAAAGUCCUCUUCCGGUUCGUGUGCAUUGCUCAAAAACGUCACGGCUUAAACUCCCUAAUCAGAGCCACGGGGGAAAUUUGUUCCAAGUGUAAUGCCCUUGUUGCAGCCUCGUGUCAUCUUUGGCUGCAUGGUGAUUUAGAGCACUAUCCAGGGCUGUUACGCCACAGUAUCCAGAGGUCUGUGGCGUCUUACUGUUGCUAUUGGGUGACAAGGAAAUCUUAGCUUUCUUCAUAGAAAUCCUACACGUAUGCUGGGCACCCUGGAUUUCACAGGUCAGAGCACUAGGCUUCCUUUUUCUUGUAACCAGCAUUUUUCUGGACAAAGGAAGAACCUGCAUUUUUAUUUUAACUUUAAAAGAUCCUGAGUAUUGUUCUGGAUGAAUCUAAGAAACCCCACUCUACAGUCAAGUGCUUUACAACCCCCAACCAUUACCCCCACUUAAAGGAGCUUUGUUACCAGUAAGUUUAUUUUAAAACACUCUGCAUAAAUGAUUGUUGGUAGCAUGUAAUCCACAUAGGAAGUAAGAGUAUUUAUAAAACCCAGUUAUUACAGAGACCCAGUUAGCUGUUGACAAGAAUGGCGAAGUUACCAACAAACAAAUCUCACUUGUACAUGGUCAAAAUGGAACUCUAAUCCAGGCCAGCUUGCAUAAGGCCAUUUUUGAGUUGCCCCAAGUCCCUGUUUCAAAGCAAGGCUAUGUGCAAAGCCAGUAAUAUUUUUUUUUUGUAGUUUUUAUUCUCAUGUAAAUAAAACUCAUUUUCACCAGACAGGUUUUACACUUAGCCUCGUUUUGAAAGUGAGAGGUUUUGGACCUCUCAACCCUUUAAGUCCCAAUGGUGAUUAAAAUCAAUUUUCUCCUAACGAUAUCCAUACAUUGUCAAGAGAUAAGGCUAUAUGAACAAAUAAAAUGAUCACCAAAGGGAACAUGCUUUCAUCUUUUAUCAAAUUCUCGCAACUCAUUCUUUAAGGAAAUGUAUGGAGAUCAGUUUGGAGAAUUUGUAUGUGGAUAUUGGGGCUUAAAGGGUUAAACCAAAGACCACUAGGGAUGUAAGAGCAUGCUGCCUCCUUGUCCUUAAAGUGUCCAUCACCUAAAAUUUUAUAUUUUCUUAUCUGAAACUAUACCUUAUUAAAAUAACUUCUGCGAAAAAAUUUUGCGGUGCGAACGAAACGCGAUUUUUUUACCAAUUUUUAAGUCUACAUUUUUGCGGUACACCCACGCUGCUGAUCAUGCAAACUAGCAGGCUCACAUAUGACGUCAUGUGACGUAAAUUAAGGAACUCGCAUUACCCAGCGGUACACAAAAGAGAUAAAUUACAAGUAAGGAUUGAAUCACAAUGUCUUCGCAAGAAGAAAGUUUUUCUGAAAAAGAAAAACCUAUCAGAACUCUUAAUGUUUUCCUGUCGAUAAGGUCACGUGUUCCUUAAAGUACGUCAUAUGACGCCAUACUCCGAGAGAAGACUAAGACGAAUGGUGUGCAAAAAUGGUGGCAAAUUUGAACGUUUUUAAAAAAUUAUAAAAAAAUCGUCUUUGGUUCAAAUCGCAAAUUUUUUUCGCAGAAGUUAUUUUAAUAAGGUGUAGUUUCAGAUAAGAAAAUAAUAAAUUUUAGGUAAUGGGCACUUUAAGAAUAAUAUUAUUAUUUGGUAAAUGCUUUUUUUUUAAUUAUUUGUUAUUGUUUUUCAGGAAUGCUAGUUUUACCCUUCAGCCACUCUACAACAGAAUCAAGUCCACCUUUGAAAAUGAAAGAGAGCCUUGUCUGUUAGUCAUUGAUGACCUGUCUUGUCUUCUCUCCAUUGGAAUACAUGUUCAAAAUGUUAUUGAUUUCGCGCAUUACUGUUAUUCUUUGAUGUGCUGCUCUACAACCAUGGUAGGUUUUAAACUUAAAGGGCCGGUUAUUUAAACGGAGUUUAACCAGUGUUUAAUAAAACCGCGUUCUAAGUCAUUUUCAGUUUGCCCAACGCUUUUAUCUAAACACCAUUUGUUGUGAACAGUUUCUUGACUAGAAAAGCACUUAUCUUCUUAAGUUAACGUUUGAGCAACCAGGACCAGGGCGAGUUCGGUCGUUUCGAUACAAAGUCGUUUCGCUACGAACUCAAGCAGUGAAAUUGCACAAAAAUUUCGAUCACUUCGAGUGUAGUUUGCGGGUAAACAUGAAAAACAUUUUGGGUGAAUAUUCUUCGUUCUUUAAGCCAGGUACGUGGAACUAUUUACACCUCGACUGGAUAAAGUUAUCGAAACGACCGUAAACCGAACCAGGGAAUAAGAGUUACCGUUACACAUAAUACUGAGUGUUAAUGAUAGAUGAGAUAAUACUGUUCGUUAAUAGCCUGCAGGGCGGGCGUAUUUUGGGUGGGCGAAACCUUGUUCGUGUUCGUAAUAUUGUUGUAGUUGCCAUCUUUGAUUUUAUGACAGUGGAAGAUUGGGGAGAGUAGAAAUAGUAACCCUUACGGUAGGUGCGAGGGCGAAAGAAGGAAAGGGGGAAGGGGGAGGGGAGAAAAAAAUACUCUUUUUUCUCUUCUCUCUCCCGGCCCCCUCCCCGCUCCCUUUGACUCGCCCCAUCUCCUCCUCCCUUCGGGAAGUUUCAACAUGGCGCUUUCGCGAGCCAAUUGCGCGCUCAAAGAAAACGCCUGCACUGCAGGCUAGUUCGUUAAUAGCAUGAUCUAUUGGUUUCACUCCUUUCUAAAGCACCUAAGUGCCAAGUUAGCAAAAGAUAUGAAGCACUACUCGCUUUCAGCUCUUUCUGCACCCUUCCCUAAAGUUGCAGGCCGGGUUUAAUUUAAAGAUGUGGGUAACUUUUUUAAAAAAGUUCCUUGUCAUAUGAUAGAAGUGUCUCACCAAAUAUAAUUGAUGUCUCAAACAACCUCCUCUCGCCUUGACAUUGGUUUGAAAUAAGCUCCCAACUUCACAAUGUUCUUGUGGGACUGGAGCGGUGCAGACGUGUGGUAGCACACGUAUUCUUCUGCCCCCUAGUCCCAAGUUAUUUCAAAAAAUUACCAAAUCGUGGGAGAAGACCUCCUUGUACAAGCCUUUUGGCUUUCUGAGGUCUCCUCAUCACUCACUGUAAGAAGUUGUAGUGAAAAUAAAUAAGUAAAUAAAUAUUAGAUAAAUAAAUGAAUGAAUGAAUGUUCACUGCUUGUCAAUUUUCUCGACGCAAGCUGGCAAGACUGUGCCGUUUUGACACUCACGUCAGUUCACAUGUUCAUAGCUUACAGAGAGUCUAUUUAAAAAGUGGUAAACCUUUAAAAAGUAUUGAGCUAUGAAACCUGUCGAUUUUAGGUCGUUUCGCGUACAAGUCGUUUCGCUAGCGACCGGUUCGCUAACGUCUUAAAUCAUUUCGCUAACGUACAAUGUUUAUAGGCUAGUUCUCUAACUUCUUUUUGCCUUAUCAAUUGCUUAAAGAACAAGGUAUCGGACAUUUUCGUUUUAUUGCUUAGGUAUAUCCAUGUGCAGUGCUCGUUUCGAUUCGUAAGCGAAACUACUUUUAAAGGAAUUUGGGCGGACUGGAUGUUAGCGAAACGACGCGUAGGCGAAACGAUCAGUCCCCGAUCUUGCCAAUUCAUAAACUUCGGGUAGAAUAGGUACAAGCUUUUGUGCAAAGAUUAUUUCCGGGAUCGUGUGAGUUAAACUGAAGCGUUAGUUAUAUGACUGGUCGAUGAUAUCCAAGGGCCAGAAUCUGUACUCCAAAUCUGUUGCUGAGUUGGUCCAAAGUUGAUUAUCUUUUGACGAGUUUCUUAUUCUUUCACUUCUUAGUUAAAUGGGUGCUUUGUCACAUUAGUACACAAUGACAGUGAUGUGGAAGACGAGGAGUCACUGUUGCUAUGGAAACAACUGUGUCACUAUUCACACAUGGAACUUCAUGUCAGAGGACUUAGCAGUGGUUACUGCAAAGACGUUCAUGGUCAGGUUGGUGAUCAGUACUUUCUUGUUUCUCACUAGGCGUCUUCACAAUUUUUGCUUACUAGCUACUGGAUCUUAAAUGAUCAAGUUUUUAAGUACUGAAUGUUGAAGUCGUUAGUAAUUCAUAACGUUUAAGUUAUUCUGAUUUUUUAUAAAUCCGUGCUUUUUUUAAUAUCAUUGUAGAUUGGAUUCCCUUUUUUGCCAAUGUAUUCACUUCCGUUUUUAACAUCUCUCAAUUUUUUUAAUCUUUAGAAUUUUUAAGAACCUUUUAUUAUAAUCACUGUUUGUAAAUAGGCUUUUUUAUCGCGAUUAACGUAAUUCUAUAGAUCUAAAUUUUGUUUUUAGAGGGCCACUAGGGAGGGAGAAUACUAGAAUUCUUAGAUCUUUUAUUAUAAUUACUAUUAUUUUGUAAAUAGGCUUUUUAUCAUGAUUGUCAGGAGUGUAAUUUAUUAUUAUUAAUUUUGUUUUUAGAGGGCCGCUGGGGAGAAUACUUCAUAGUAAUUGGUGUCACCCUCUUAAAAUAAAGGUUAUUAUUAUCGAGACGACAGUGCAAAUGACUGCCAUAAAGGAGGUUUUAAAAAAGCGAAAUUAUGAUAAUUCACGGUAUUGGCUUCUUUCCUUCUGCGGUUGGCUCUGUAAACUUAGUUGCGGAGGAUCCACGGAGAAGAAGUAGCCUACACCAAAUUUAGUAGCUUAAGUUGCUCUUAGCUGAUCGUGGCUGUAGCUUCUCUCGUGCUCUCCAAAAUUGUCACCAUAUACCUGCGAUAUGCGCACACUAGACAUGAACCAAUUCUUCUCUUCGGCGAGAAACCUUUUCAUUGUUCGACGUCGUGUGAUCCCGGUGACCAAUGGCAGCACGCUGUUGGCGAAAAUAUUCCUACCAGCCAUCUGUAAUCUUCAAGCCGCCAGAAACCAAAGUGUAAGUUCGUCGGAAAUUCAUUCUUAGCAUCUGUCACCGGAAUUUUUAUCAGGUGCAAUACACAGAGAAAUAAAGUGCAAACGCAGUGCGUGAAAUUAAUCUCGGUCUUUGAGACGAAGCAAGUGCAAUAAAUAACCAACGUAUCCGUUCUUUAUGCCUUAAUAAGACGAAAGAAGCGCGAUACGUUUGGAAGAUAUCUAGGUUUUGAAGCCUUGGUGAGACGAAACAGACGCGAUAAAUGUAUUAUAGUAUGUUUGGAUGUUGUUGAGCAUGACAAAAUUUUGGGAGAGAUGACUUUUCGGGCAGGUUGAGCGUAAACCCAGGCAUAAUACAAAUCCUGUUAAUUAUUGGUGAUGCACAGCAGGGCUCAAAAUAACGGCCGGUCAACGGACAAUGUCCGGCCUGAUCGUGCACUUGACCGGUCAAACUCUCAUCUUGCCGGUCAUUAUUGGAUGGGAACCUUUUAAAAUAUUUUCCAUACAGUUGCCGCUUUAAUGCGUUUUGCUCUAUAACACUGUAAUCAUUUCUUUUUUCUUUGCCUUUUUUUCCAUGCUUUGCACUAAAACUUUUGAAGAAAACGAAUGCCGCAUUAAAUUCCAUGUUGUCAUGUAAUGAAACGCGACAAAGCGAAAUUAUACAUAAGUAAUUAGACAUAAUUUCUUUAUGUCGAACGUGAAUCUCGUUUGCAAACUCGAUUGCAGAAUUGCCUGAUAAAGAUUUUAAGCUCUUAAUCGAAAAGGAACGUCGCCUAUCUACGCGCUUAAAAUCCUCCUUCUUGUAAACAGCUUUAUGCAAAUUUCUGUAGAUGUUUAUAAUGAGCCCUUCGCGAUAAAGUGUUGCUCGAUGUACGACCCAAACGAAAGCUCUGCUGUAUAUUUAUUGACUUCUGAUGAUAAAUACGCUGUUUGUGGAAUGGAUUUCUCGCCAGAAUCAACUUCAUUGCCGUAAAUGUUUAGUGGAGGAGACUUUCGAUCACCUGCCGGGCAACGAAAACGAUCAACUUUCACCGAUAUGCAGCUAUGGGACUUGCAGACUUGUUACACCGCAGUACGAUGAUACUCAAAGUCAAAGUAUAUAUAAACGGACCUGAAAGUGGGGGAAAACCCCGGAGAGGAACUCAACAACUUGUGAAUGAAUUUCACCAACUUGCCGCGAAAAACCUGAACGUCAAUGCAGUACAACGAUCUAUUGCUAGCGUAAUUUGACAUUCCAUACAAGGCAAAAAAAAUAUAUUGUAUUCAUUAUUUGAGCGGCCAAAAUCCGGGUUUGUCCGGCCAAAAAAUUAUUUGGCCGGUCAACAUGCCCGGCGACCUACUGUCCGUUAUUUUGAGCCCUGCACAGGGGCUGUGCGCUCCUGUAUUGGUUGUGGCCGAAUUCAUAAACUCAUUUUUGAUUGUUUUAUUGUGCACACAAGGCCAAACCCACUGAUAAAAAUGGGUACAUGAUCUUCUAAACAUCGCGUAGAUGUGGCAAGGUCCUAACUGACCGUCGCACUUUCGUUUUCUUGCAGCUUACCAUAACACAACGAGACCAGCACAGAACGAAACACAAUACAAGAAAUUUACAGUUCAAGAUUUUGGAGAAAAACGUGACAUUUUUUGCUCCUGGAAUGUCGAAAGCUGUUUUAUGA